CCUCUCCUUUCCUCCUCCUCCAUUCACAGCAUAAUUCACUUCCAUCCGUACAGGUUUCUGCAAUAAAAAUGGAGUAUACAGCGGAUUCGAUUUUCUCCCAAUUUCUAUGGCUAAUUUUGUUCCUCUCGGCGUCCGCCGCCGUCGUGGUCGCACGCGCCGCCGCGUCCCGGCGUCGGCGCCGCCUUCCGCCGGGGAGCCUGGGGCUGCCAUUGAUCGGAGAAACGCUGCAGCUGAUCUCGGCGUACCGGACGGAGAAUCCUGAGCCGUUCAUCGACGAGAGGGUUGCCAAAUGCGGCGCCGUUUUCACGACGCACGUGUUCGGGGAGGCGACGGUUUUCUCGGCCGACCCGGAGACGAACCGGACGGUCCUGCAGAACGAGGGUCGGCUUUUCGAGUCGAGCUAUCCCGGUUCGAUAUCGAACCUCCUCGGCCGGCACUCGCUGCUGCUGAUGCGCGGCGGCCACCACAAGCGGAUGCACUCGCUCACCGCCGCCACCUUCGCCAACGCCGCGGUCAUCCGAGACCACUUGCUGCUCGACGUCGACCGCCUCGUCCGGCUCAACAUGGACGCCUGGACCGGCCGGGUCACCCUCAUGGACCAGGCCAAGAAGAUAACUUUUGAGCUAACAGUGAAGCAGCUGAUGAGCAUUGAUCCAUGUGAAUGGAGUGAGGAUUUAAUGAAAGAGUAUAUGUUGGUUAUUGAAGGCUUUUUCACUGUCCCUUUGCCCUUUCUCUCCAUUUCUUAUACAAGGGCUAUCCAAGCUCGAAGAAAAGUAGCGGAGGCGUUAGCUACGGUGGUGAGGGAAAGGAGGAAAGGACCGCGGAAGUAUGACAUGUUGGGGGCGUUAUUGGACGAGGAGAACAGCGGCAGAGUGCUAACCGAUGAGGAGAUUGUGGACUUUAUGGUGGCGUUGUUGGUGGCGGGGUAUGAGACAACCUCGACCAUUAUGACACUUGCCGUAAAAUACCUCACCGAGACACCUCUUGCCUUGGCUCAACUCAAGAAUGAGCAAGAUGAAAUUAUGGCUCGAAAGAGAGAGGACUAUUCUCUUCAAUGGGAGGAUUAUAAAUCCAUGUCUUUUACACAAUGUGUGAUAAAUGAAACCCUUCGUAUGGCAAAUAUAAUUAGCGGUGUAUUUAGACGAACAACCACAGAUGUUGCUGUCAAUGAAGGCUAUACAAUUCCUAAAGGAAUGAGGGUCUUCGCUUCCUUUCGAGCCGUACACAUGAACUAUCGUCAUUUUAAGGAUGCUCGGACUUUUAAUCCUUGGAGAUGGCCAUCGAAUGGUUCGGAAAUAACUAAUUGCGCGACAAAUGUGUUUACGCCGUUUGGUGGUGGACCUCGGCGUUGUCCUGGAGCUGAGCUUGCUAGAGUUGAGCUCUCGGUUUUUCUUCACCGGUUAGUUACCCAAUUCAGUUGGAUUCCCGCGGAACAAGAUAAGGUUGUCUUCUUCCCGACAACACGGACUCAAAAACGCUACCCGAUUAUUGUCCAAAGAAGGUCAAAUCAUGAAUUAUAAAGUAGAACUCGCUUAAUCUCAACGAAAAAUAUCUACGCUAUAAUUCUAGCCGAUCAAUUUCACUUGCAUUCACAUAAAAUACAUGAUACAAUUGUAAAUUGGUUCUUAUUUAUAAUAGUUUUAUAGUUAAGUUUUAAAAUUUUGUUUAAUCAAUGUU